AUGACACCUGAAGUUCAAAAAGAAGUAAAAAAAGAAAUGGAACGAUUAUUUAUGGCCAAAUUUAUUAGGCCUGUUAAAUAUGUUGAAUGGAUUUCAAAUAUUGUUCCUGUAAUUAAGAAAAAUGGUAAGGCCGUCGAUUUCUUUCUUUUACGGAUGGUUAUUAUGGAUAUAACCAAAUAUUUAUUGCAGAAGAAGAUCGAUACACACAAAACUGCAUUUAGAUGUCCAGGAUAUAUUGGAUUGUUUGAAUGGAUUGUUAUGGCAUUUGGAUUAAAGAAUGCAGGAGCGACUUAUCAGAGAACAAUGAAUGUGAUUUUUCAUGACCUAAUUGGAAAUUUUAUGGAAGUUUACAUUGAUGACAUAGUAGUAAAAUCACAUACAUUUGAUGAGCAUGUAGACUACUUAAGGCAAGUCUUGAUGAGAAUGAGACAAUACAAGUUGAAAAUGAAUGCAAUGAAAUGCGCUUUUGGAGUUACUGCUGGAAAUUUCUUGGGAUUUCUGGUUCAUAAGAAAGGGAUUGAGGUUGAUAAAGAUAAGGCUAAAACUAUGAUAGAAGCACAACCUCCAACAAAUAAACAAGAACUCCAACAGUUUUUAGGACAGUUAAAAUCUCAGAAAGAUUUUAAAUGGGAAAAAGAACAUCAGAAGGCCUUUGAGUUUUUGAAGCAAUCAUUGUACGUGCCUCAAAAGGCAGUAAAAGGGCAAGCUUUAGCUGACUUUAUAGCUAACCAUCCUAACAUGUUAAUGGAAAAGGAUGAAUUUGAGAUACAUAUGAUUGAAAUGAAACCAUGGAAAUUGUCAUUCGAUGGUUCUAAAACUGACAGAGGGGUUGGAGCAGGCGUAGUUUUUACAUCUCCAAAAGGGGAAUUUUUACAGUUUUCUUUUCAGUUAGAUGAAAGCAGGAUUUUGACCAACAAUCAAGCUGAGUAUGAAGCUUUGAUUAUCGGUUUAGAGAUUGCAAAAGAAUUGAAUAUUAGGUAUUUAAAUGUUACGGGGGACUCACAAUUGGUGAUUCGACAGAUAACAGGGGAAUAUAAGUGCAAUCACCCUUUAUUAGAGUUACAACUGCAGAAAGUUAAAAUUCUUGUAGCAUAUUUUGAUGAAGUGCAUUUGCAACAUGUCUAUAGAUUGGAGAAUAGUGAUGCUAAUCAGAUGGCACAAAUUGCUUCUGGAAUUAGGAUCCCAGAAGGACAGAAUGAAAAAUUAAUAAAAGUCCAGAAGAGAUUCUUGUCUUUCUCUAUUGAAAGAGAUAGCAAUGAUUUUGAAGUUAUGGAAAUAAGCUUGGUUGAUGAUUGGAGAGUUCCAAUAAGGAAAUUCCUAGAGAAUCCGAAGGAGAAAACAGACAGAAAUAUAAAGCAAAGGGCCAUUAAUUAUGUUAUAAUGGGCAAUGAUUUGUUUAGAAAAUCUUCAGAUGAAGUAUUAUUGCUGUGUAUUGAUAAAUCCCAAACAAUGACGGUUAUGGGAGAAGUUCAUGAGGGAACUUGCGGUUCUCAUCAGUUUGGAGAGAAAAUGAAAUGGUUACUUAAAAGAUAUGGCUAUUAUUGGCCAACAAUAAGGAAAGAUUGUAUCUCUUAUGCUAAGGGAUGUCAAAAAUGUCAACAAUGUGGACCCAUUCAAAGGGUUCCAGCUUUUCCUUUACAAUUGAUUGUUAAACCGUGGCCUUUCAGGGGGUGGGCAAUUGAUAUGAUUGGAGAAAUAAUUCCUCACUCUUCUCAACAACAUGAGUAUGUAAUGGUAGCUACGGAUUAUUUUACGAAAUGGACAGAAGCCAUCCCAUUGAAGAGUGUGGCACAGAAACAGGUAAUUGAUUUCAUUGAAGAGUAUAGUUUCUGUCGAUUUGGUAUUCCUGAAACAAUUACGGUUGACCAAGCAUCCGUGUUCAAUGGUCACAAAGUAAUGACUUAUGUUAAUUCAUAUGGAGUAAAAAUCUUAAAUUCUUCUCCCUAUUAUGCCCAAGCAAAUGGGACUUCAAAAAGGGAAAGCACAAGAGCUACACCAUAUGAGUUAGUAUAUGGCCAAGCUGCAGUAUUACCCGUUGAAGUUAAUAUUACAUCUCACAGAGUUGCUUGGCAUUAUGGCCCAAAUAAUGUGGAUUUCGAGGAAGCAAUAGUUGUUGAGGAGUUUGGUGGUAGCUCCCAGUUGGAGUGA